AUGGUCACGUACGAAAAGGUGACGGCCAAUAUGGGGAGGCGGGCCAGCAAGCACACUCGCGUAGAUGCAAGGUUUCCUGCACCUCUGAGCUCCUGGUCCAUAGCUACGAUGGAAGAAGCACUAGCCCCGGUGAGGUCAUCCGGGACUUUGGGUGGUUUGCUCGGUGGUGGAUUCUGGCGAGCAUGGGCAGGCUGUGCUACCCUCGGAUUAGCCCUAUGGGGUUGUUAUCAAGUGACCGUGUCCGCUGUCGUCGGAAUGACGACAGCAAUUCUUCUCUAUUUUGUCAAUCGUCGGCGCAAUGAUUCAAAUUUUGUGACGGUUCAUCAAUCUAGCCCGUACACUGAAUACCAGUCCGUUGUAAUUGAUGAAAAGAAAAAUCUCCGAACUGCUGCCAUUCCGGCAAAGUUUCCCGAGCUAAAGGCGUUGAAGACAACCAGGGAGAUCAUUCUUCACGCAUUGAAAAUAGACCCUCAUCGCCAGUGUUUCGGAAGAAGAACUGAUUUCAAUUCUCCACCGAAAUGGAUCACAUACGAAGAAGUCUACGAAACCAUCAAGAUUGUUGGUUCCGCUCUGGUCUAUUUGGCUGAACCUUCAAAGCGAUCAGAUACGUUUGUGGGAAUUUGCGGAUCAAAUGCAUUCGAGUGGGUGUAUACACAACAGGCAUGUGGGAAUUAUGGUCUGGUAACCGUACCUUUGUACGAUACACUGGGGAAUGAAGCUUUGGAACACAUUAUGCAGCAGACUCAACUUCACAUUGUGGUCUGCGACACGGCGAAACGCGCCAAAAAUUUGUUGUCCUGCUCCUCGUACUGCUUGAUGCAUAUUGUGAUUUGGCAAAACGACAUGGAUCUGAUCAAAUUGCGAACUGAAGAGCAAAAUGUCUCGAUUAUCAGCUUUGAUGAAUUAUUGGAUGUUCAGCCGGACGAUAUGUACCUCAUUUGUUAUACCAGUGGCAGUACAGGUCUUCCAAAAGGUGUCAUCUAUACACAACAGCAGUUCAUGAAUUGUUUAGUCAGAACAAAGGAGUCCAUAGACGAGCUGAAUUUUGCACUGUUUCACGCCGGUCGCGUGGUUUUCUUGACAAAAAGCGUUACGGAAUUGCCACAGGAUUUGGAAUUCUAUCGACCAACCGUUUUUAUUUCUGUUCCCCGAAUCUUCACGCGAAUGUAUAUCAACACACUGAAAGGCUGCACGAGUCGAUUUAGUCGUUGGCUGUUGGAAUUCGCUAUUCAGCAGAAGCUGUCGGAACAGAGAAAUUCUACUCUCACUUUCGUUUCUUUUUUUCAAAAUUUUUAUCGUCUUCAUAAAAAGGUGAUCGAAGGAUACGGAUCCACCGAAGCCGGUGGCGUUGUCUGUACCAGUCUGGUGGGAGAUCAGAGCACGGGAACUGCGGGAGCUUUGAAUGUUGGAGUUCAGGUUAAACUCGCAGAUGUUCCAGACAUGGAUAUUGUGGUCGAACGAGAUGGAAUGGGCGAAGUAGGUUUGUUGUUGUUGUUGCUGCUGCUGCUACUGUUCAUUGAAGAUUCCCAUUGUAACAUUUGA